CGCACCGUUGCGCAUACGGCGCACCAUAGAGUUAGUUGCGGCGCACAUUUCCAGCGCAUUGUAAGACGACAUGUCUUCCGAUAGUAGAAGCUAUUUUCGGCCGAAAACUAUGCACCAUCAUUCUGGAAGCAGAGUAGCUUCAUCAUACGAACAUGAUGACGUUUUCGUACUGUCACGGAUAUGAAUACUGAGAGAAUUUAUUGAUACUGACGAAUGGCAGUAGAAAUAUUUGACGCCGACCAUUUGGCCAUAUCUGCCAUCGUUACCGUUGGACUGCAAUUCAUUUUCUUUGUCAUCGCAGCAACAUUUCAUUUCGACAAAUUAACAGAUUUCGCUGGUGGUGCCAACUUUAUUAUACUGGCCUUGACUGUAUUUGUUUUAUCCCAGACUUAUAGCCCAAGGCAGUGCCUCACCACUGGUCUUGUCUGCUUGUGGGGUGUGCGCCUAUCAACAUUCCUCCUUUUCCGGAUUAUCAAAAUUGGUAGAGAUGAGAGAUUUCAAGAAGCUAGCAAGAAUAUUGUACGUUUCGCCAUCUUCUGGACUUUUCAGGCGGUGUGGGUGUACACUGUCAGCCUGCCUGUCAUCUUUGUAAACUCACCGCGCAAGGCCGAGCCCCUGACGGAUGCCACCAUGACCCGGCUUGACAUGGCCGGUACCAUUGUGUUUGUCAUUGGCUUCCUCUGUGAGGCCAUGGCAGAUGCCCAAAAGUACAGCUACCGGCAAAACACGUCCAAUGCCAGGCACUGGUGCGACGUUGGGUUGUGGAAGUACUCGCGGCACCCCAACUACUUUGGGGAAAUCACGCUAUGGUGGGGAAUCUUCCUGAUCUCUACCAAUGUGCUCAGGGGGGCCGAAUGGGUGGCUGUACUCAGCCCCCUUUUCAUCACAGCCAUCAUCCUUUUCCUCAGUGGAGUACCCCUGCUGGAGAACAGCGCCGACAUACGCUAUGGCUGCAUGGAGGAGUACCAGCGGUACAAGCGAACCACCAGCCCCUUGGUGCCACUGCCUCCAGGACUCUACAGAGAGGUGCCAUCUUGCUUCAAGUGUCUGAUUUGCUUUGAGUUCCCAAUUUACACAAAUUCAAAGGCCAUUGCAACAUCCAUAUAACAUAUGUUGCGGCACCACUGCAUUCUCUCUACAGGAAAAAAAAAGGCUACGGUAGUAUGUUUGCCUUGGAAUAGAAAGCAGCAAAUAUGCGAGGUUCACUACGAUAGUCUCCACUAGAUAACUAAGUGACGAUUUUUGGCUAAUUAGUUAUGCACAUAGAUGUUAAUGAAGGAUACUGCACGGACAAAGGCACAGACUAGAGGAGACAGUGCUGUAUAUAUAAACCCACCAGUCAGUGCCUUUGUUCAUGUUGUUUCUCUGCUUAAUAUUGCCACUGAAGUUAUUUAUGCCUAGCAGCUCACAGCAGAAAGGUGAAAAUAUAUGUAUAAAUCUUUGUGUAUGUUUUAAUAUUUCAACGGCUACAUAAAAGUUGGUUUCAAGUGUUUUAAUGUUCUACUACACAUACGUAUACAUUGAAAUUCAUGUUUCAAUGCCAAGCAAAAUGUAUGCAUUUAGAAGUAGCGAUAAUGCAAGUCUUCAAAUGAGACUUAUAUCUCUAGCAUGCAUGUUCUGUUUAUGACAUGCGUGAUGUGCCACAAAGGGUGAACUUUAUUCUGUCUUGUGAGCAAACUAGUCAACAUGUAUGUUUGGCUUUGCAAAACAGCAAAAUGCAUAUUUGGCUGCUUAGGUUACUCAAGAUGGAUUUUCUGACACCAUGAGCACAGUUAUGGUUGUCAGCUAAAGUAUACUUUCAAUUUAUGUUAAUUCAGCCUUGGCAUGACAGGCAAAAUUGGUUUGAAUUACUGAAGUUUGAAUAAUACUCAAAAUUCAAAUUGAAAUAUUCAAAAGUUGCACCAAAGUGAACAUUCAUUUUCUGAGGUGUCUUGUGUGUUAGACUUUUUCCAUGCACCAAGCAAGUGUUGCAUAAAUAGUCUUGCAAUGAACUGCAGAGCCUGGCAUUUGCACUUCAGGCAUGUUUCAGUCACAGCUUCUUGGCCUCUUUGUUAUCACCCCUGCUAGUUUGUGGAAGCCUCACCUAUGGUGUGGCAUGGCAGAAAUUUGCACUGUCUUCAUUGGUUUCUGGCUUGCACACUUCUGCUCUACUAUCGUUGUUAAUACGUGCUUCCAUGUUGAUGGUGCCCAGAAAUGGCUUAAUUUCUGCAGCUGAGAACUGAAUCAUGCCUUCUUUGUCGGCAUUGUCAUUCGCAAGAGUUAGGCUGCACUUUCUGUUAUAGCUGCUGUUUCACAGUUUGACAGCUUGAGAGCAUUUCCACACUUGCUCGAGCUAGUUCAAUUUUUUUGGCAAGAGAGUGAUAACUGACAAUCACUUUGCAGCAUUCUAAUUUGAAAUAAGAAAUCUUUUUCUAAGAAGCACUGGGCACGUUUGCAAACUUUUAAACAUACCUAAUCAAAUCAAUGAAAAAAUGAAAAACUGCCAAAUUAAUGGCAGUUGGCUGUUGUGUGCAUCAUGACCAUUAGACAAAACAGACAAGUCACUUUACUUAGCUGUCCAGUUCUUAGAACAUUUAUUUGACAGUAAUAUUAUCCAACUGAAACCUUCAAAGGCACUCUUUUUGAAUUCUGUUGCAAAAUAGAAUGGGUAAUAAUUUUUACUAACUAGGAUAUUCCUUACUUUAUACAAAUAGAACUGAAUGCCAGGACAUCUGGUAAACUCAGUGAAAAACUUAAGGUUGUUUUUCAGUUUGCAGAAUGCUGUAGGCUUGCAAGGAUUUUAACUUGCUCUAAAUUCAAACCCUGUGUAACUUUGGCUGGCCCACCACAUUUGAUGCAUAUAUUGAAUUCAACUAAUUUAAACAACACUAUACUGAUGAACUCAAAAAAGUUUUGCUUUCAUUGUCUUUUUGCCAGGAGAAACCCCUGGUUUUCUUGCUCAAUGAUCUUCUGGGAGACAGCCCCUUUCAUAGCAUUGAGCUGCCAAACAUAAAUAUAUUUGUAAAGUGCUGGUAAAAUGGGAUUAUGGGUGAUUCAGACAUAUAUAAAAUGAACUUCAUUCUUAAGCAUAAUACCAGCUGCUAGUUGUUGAUUUUAUUAGCUUGUACUACCAAGAUUCACCAGUCUUAUGUGUAUGGCUGCACUUCAGAACAGUGCUUUGUGUGUGUACCCAUUCAUUAAAUGGUGUCUGUUUUGUUUGGCAUACUACAAAUGUUUUUCCAGUAAUACAACUGCCCGAUAAUUGGAGAAAAAGCUGUAGUCUCGGGAAGUACAAGACAUCCAGCACUGUUAUACAGGAUUUCAAUGGGAUAAGUAAACCUGCACCAUGGUGUAAGGACAGGUGCUCCGAUGACGACACUUGGCAUGUCCCAUUAAUGCUGGGUGCCGUAGGAUGGCACACAUGACUAGGAGGCUUUGGGGCAGGCAAACACUGGACAUGCAUUACAGCCUGCAUUAUUCAGAGCCCUUGCUAGUGUCUAUAAUGCCACACUUGUGUUAUUUAAUUUCAUGAAAGUUUCAGGAAUGAUGUUUAAUUGCUGCUGGUAGGCACCUGAGCUGUUGUUUUGUUUCAUCAGCUACUUUAGACGUCUCAAGAGUUUUUGUUUAUUGAAUGAUGGAAUCAUUUAUGGGCAAGUUCUUGUCAUAGAGUUUCAUACCAAAUGUAUAAUACUUUGUUAUUCUUGUGGUUCACUGCCUUCAGUUUGUGCUUGCCAUUACAUGAAGUGCAUUCAGUGUUGGCAAUUUUGAUAUGUUUAUAGCUGUUUUCUCCCGAAAUAUUAGUUACCAGCUGCGAUAACUCACUCAUGAGUCACUCUGCUUGCUGCUUUUUUUUGUUUUCCUCCCCCUCUUUUUUUUUUUUUUUGCCUCUUGCACAUUUCUUUAUAUGCACUUCAAUGGCAAUCUGCCACACUACACUUGCAGUUGGGUCCUCUGUUUAGAAACAGCAAAUAUAGAAAAUUUGUUUUUGCAUCAGUCAUACCUCCUGUUGCUCAUCAGUAUGAAGAACUUCUUGUUCAUAGUCUCUCUCUGCCAGGCAGUGUCGCCACUCGAGCGAAUGGCAAAACUUCUCUUCCUCUCUCUCACUUGCACUUUAGAAUCUUCGUUGUUUACCAUUUGUUGUAGAUAGGGGCGUUAGUGAAUGGUCAUCAAGAAUGAGUAUGACUGAGUUUUCAACAGCAAAACAAAAGUUCUAAAAGCAGGUUGUCAUUUUUGCAACCCCUUUCAAGCAUUGUCACAUGCCAUCUGCUCAAACGAGCACCAUAACCACACAGUUGGCGGCAUUAUCAUCUGUUAUGGCACCUGAGUGACUUGAAUAAUUACGGUGCAGGAAAGGAAGGAUACAUCACUGCUUUUAUUUCUUUCAACACAUUUCACAUCCAACUAUGGUCAUUUGCAUGUUCAAGUUCUCGACCAUCAGCCCCUUUAUGUGUGCAGUUAUGCAGUGGUGUUCAUGCAAAAUGCCAUUGCUUGUGAGAGACAUCUCUCUAGAGAGCCACGGUGUCAUUGGAGCAGCUGUCCUUCUUGCACUGUGUUCAGCGCUCACAUAGCAAUAUGCAACACAGAAAUGCAGCAAUUUCAUUGUUUAAGUAGCCAUAGAGGCCUGAGUGGCUCAUGUUUUACAGAAUUAUGCACUGUUUUACAGAUUGCAAGCAUAAUUUACAUAUGAGAUAUUUCUUGCUGUUAGGCCUUAAAAAUUGGUUUAACAUUCUGCACGAAUUACAGCACACUUUUACAUAGAAAGCAUAUUUAGCGCCAGCGAACAAUGGCUUGAGUUGCCAAACGUAAACAUAUUCGUAACGUGCUGGGAGUGCUGACGCUAAAUAUGCUUUCCAAGUCAGUUUACCAACAUGCCCAACAAAUGGCAAUGCUGACUUUUACAUGCUCUUCCAGAAAUUACCAACUGACAGUGACAGCGGCCCUGCUGGAAUUCAUAAACAAUGUAGUAUUCAGAAAUUUACAAUUGUUGUGCUGGUGACUGAAAUAAAUGCACAAACAAAUGGCUAAAACGAAAUUAAACCAGUCUAGGAAGCCGGAAAGGGCAUUAUUGGGAAAUGUGUACAGCAUGAAAUGUGAGGGUGAAAAAAGUCGAUAGCCACACUAACUGUAGUGAGCAAGGUGUAUUGUAAAAAGCUCUUUUAAAGAUUCUCAGCAGUAUCUCAGUUCAUCCUUUCCUGCAUUUCACUGCUCCAUAAUCAUUUGUUGUUACGUUUGUGCUACAAUGCAUGCAGACACUUUGUUGAAUAUGAAAAUCUGCAUUGGAAGGUUUUACCUAAAGGGGGAAUCGAGCAUACUCACAGGUAGAUCAUAAAUAAUAACGUUUAAAAAAAUAUGCGUGUAGUUUUGCAUGUCUGGCUGAGUAUUGCAGGUGUUGCGUGUGCUACACUGGGGCUGAUCAAGCACAUUUGCGAUAAUGAGUGUAAAGAAAAUAGCAAAAGGAAUGCAAUAGAACAGCUUCUUCAAAAAGAAUUAGUGCAGGGUAAGAAGGAAUGUCUGAAUAAUGGGUGAGUUUUCAUAUUCUGGAAAUUGCCAAUACUAAUGGUGAUGAGCCUCUCACUUUAUUUUGCCAUAUGUGAGAUUUGGGCUUACUAGCUCUGUAAUGUCACCUCUACAGCAACUGUAUUUAGGACGCCAGACAUUUGAGCAGUUAGUUAAUUUGAUUUCAUUAUUUCAUGAUACUUCAGGAUGGAAAAUAUAGAUGCCAAGAACAUUUGCCACUUAACACUCUCAUAUUCACUAAUGGCAUGUCAGUUACGUUUGAGGCUUCUUUAUGAUAUUGUUUCACUUCCCAUGACUGUCAUCUGUUUGUUCAAACAGCGUAUAGCAGCUCACUAGUGUACAGCACAGUUUUAGUAUUACUGUGUAAAGAUGAAGUACAGUAGUAGUAGUUACAGGUCAUUAAUGAAAAUGACAUGCAAAGUAGGCUAAUUAGACAUUAACAAAUAUUUAAGGUUAGUAACUGUAUAGUAAUUAGUGUUAGGCAGUAGAACCACACUGUUGUAACUGUGCCCAUAGUUGAACUCUCAUUACAGUUCAAGAAGGCACUGAUUCAUUUGAAUUGUCAUUCCCCCACAGGAACAAUAUUGUGACAGCGUGAGCCAUACAGCACUUUAUGCUGGUCUGGAUAAACUAAAUGUUACAGAAAGGAGUUCUAUUUCUAAUACCUUUCAUGUUAUCUGAUAGUCUAACAUUAUUCUUUGCAUUAUUUUCUAAAAUAAUAAAUAAAUGUAUGGUGGUAAUUCUCACUGGCAGCUCUUCUGAUGCUGCAGUUCUGUGUCACCAGAACUGCCAUGUUUAUCAUUGCUUAGGUGCAGUGCAUAGGGAGGUUUCAAAGGUUUCCAUUUUAUGCAGUUGUCAACUGAAUGCUGCACAUAAUCUUAAAAUCUGGAUUCCAUGUAGCAGGACUGAUUCUUAAAGGUGCCCUGAAAUGCUUUUUAAAGAUAGUAAGAAAGCAUUGCCGAUGUGUAGAAUAGGCUCCUGAGGAAAUGUGUGCCAAAUAUUAUUACAGUGCAUGCGGAAGCGAAUUUUCAACCUCGUGUCAAAAACAGUGAAAAAUCACUUUCUCUUGCCUCCACAAUGUCAUCAUGCAGUGUCAUUGCGAGCAGCGAUGCCUACCAACAGCAAUUGGCUGACUUCAUGAUUGUGAGAACAUUAUCAGUAAUACUAUAUUGCUAAUUUUGAGUUAAAUAGAUCAAAAAUAUGUAUGUCUACGAUCUCAAAAAGACGAAUAUCAUUUCAUCUUUGCACUGCCAGUCUACACACGACAUUUGCACGUAGCUGCGUCUGCUGCUGCGGCCUCCAAGGUAGCAGCAGCAUGCUGUGCAGCGCAGUUUACCGCAGCUGCCAUGGGAUGCCACAAUGAGCCUUCUCGCCACCAAGAUGCCCAACUUUUGGGUGGGGCUUUACGCCCUUGGUUUCUCCCCUGUGUAGCUUCCAGUGCCCUAGUGGAGACGAAAGGAGAGAGAAAGCCACUCAUCGGUGUGAUAAGUACGUCUAACUCCGCUUACACUUGAAGGAUUCAAAAUAAUUUUGCGGCAGGACAUUUGUAAGGCAAUGUCCUUUAACAGUGACGCCAUUUUAUGAUUGAUUAGAAAAGUGUUUCAGGGCACCUUUAGAUGUAAUAUAGCUUAUUCAAUGCUUUUACAGAAGCAGGCUGAGGGUUUGAAGAGCCAAAAUGAUGGAGAUGAAAAAGAAAGGCAGCUAGAUAUGACAUUUUUGCUUUCCUGUCUAUGAAAGUCUUACUUCUUUGCACCCUCAAUGCGUCAGAACAAUUAGCCUGAAAAUCAAUGUUUGUUUGAGAAAAGCAGGUAUCAAGACAAAGUAAACCACUGUUAUGGCUCCUCAGUUACUGUUCUCUGAAAAACUGCAUAAGUUGCAGGUCAAAAAAAAAAACAUCCUAUCUGAACAAAUAAAUGUGAAGAAGUAUACUUUUUACAGCUGAUAAAAUAAAAUAUAGAUACCAUGCAUCCCCUAUCAUGCACCGAGCUUUAAAAAAAAGAUUGAUCACUUUGCAUGAACAAAUCUAAUUGGAUAUUGUUCACGGAUGAGCUGAGCAGCCACCAGUAAUAUUGUUCCUGACGUUCCAUGACUUCAUUAUAAAUUAUCUAGCUCAUUAGUUACCAUCCUAAUUGCCAAGGUGUCAAUUAAAAAGAGUUAUAGGAAACUAUAAGUAACAUCAAGCUGGGAUGUUUUCAGCAAGAUACUAUUUGAAUGCUUAUUUCUGUCUGGCUGAAAAAGAAAGCUUGUGAAACAUGAGAAAUACCCCGUGGCUACACACCCGUUCACACUAGAAAGCAGCACCCUCAAACAUGCUCACGAGAGCUGGAAAAGGAUGUUGCAGCACGAAAGCUUACACUAUCUCGGGCACCUUUUGCAUUGCAGGUAGGCAAUGUGGGAGGAAACACUCGUGCAUUUUGUUUUAUUAUGUUUAAUUAACUGAUGCAGCUCUGUUAGCUAUUUAUGAGACGUUAUGCUACGCAUAUUUGGCUUGUGUGUGCAACAAUCUCCUAUAAGAAAUUCAGUUCACAGUACAUUGUGAGUGCCAUAUAGUCAUAAUGGCUACCUUCAAAGCUUUGUUUUCUCUUUUUGAGUAAUUUGACAUUUUGUUUCAUUACUGCAUCAUAAUUUCCUAAUUUCUGAAGAGAUACAGAUCUGCUGAUAUUUGGCAAAAAUAAACACUGCACUGCCACACGCCUGUCCAUAUUCGAGGUGUAGCUUUGGGAUAAAAAGCCCCAAUAAUUCCUACUUUCAAUUCUACAAACAUUUUUCGCACUUCUUUCAUUUUGGUAGGUUGUAAGGAGCAUCUAAAGAUACUCCUGUUGCAACAAAAUUACUGAUCUAGGAAAAUAAAUGUGUGGUACCAGCCAUCUUACUAUAGCAGAGUUCUGCUACACUGUUAUGUUCACAAACAGGAAAGCUUAGGUUAUCUAUCAAAGUUCACUUCAAUUGUCACGAUUUGUUUUGAAAAAAAAAAAAAGUUGCAGUCGCAGUUUUACAGAGUUGUCCUUGUAUUUGUGGAACUGGUUUGUGGCACUAUGCAAAUUUUUGCACCAGCUCUCCAUUCAGUGUUUUGUCAGUUGGAAAUACAGAAAGCACUAUCAGUGCCUGGCUAUCAUUAAGCUGCUGUCAAGUCACUAGUAUUUAACCAUAACCUUGAAAUGUGAUGCUAGAUUGGCAUUCUCUUUUAUGUAGCACUAUUUUUCUUUUCUUGUAGUAUUUAGGAACUAUUAUACUUAGAUAUUGAGAUUUCAGGUCUGUUGCUCUCUGGAUGAAGUUCAUAGUGCCUACAGCAGCCUAACCAUUGCAUAUAUAGAAGUUAAAAGUAUGGUACUUCUAAUUAAUUCCUCAAACUUUACGCAAGGGAAUGAUCAAGAAAGGUAUGAGGUAGUGCCCUAUGUAAAGUCGCAAGAAAAGUGGUAAAGGCAGUUUUGUCAGUGCUAUACACAAUGGCAAUAUACUAUCUUCAAAGUAGCUGUGUUUGCACCCAUAAAUCCUUUGUAAGAAUGCCUAUGUCACAGUGACGAAAAGAGAUAUGCAUUAAUAUUAAGUACACGAAUGCAAAUAGGAGUAUAGUAGGAAAGGUUUAUUUAAGGAUGGUAGUUAUGCAGAUUUGGCACCGAGAUCUCAUAGUUUGCAUAAAUUCAAAAGGAAUUUUUUGGCAGCUGGAGAAUAAAAAACAGUUAUACAGUGCAGAACAUGAUGAAGCCUUGAAUAAAUUUGAUUUCAUCGGUAAUAUUGUACUGAAACUAUUUAUAACUAAAUUGUUUUCCAAUUUGUGCUUACACGAAAGUUACGUGUAAUGCUGGUAAAACACGGAGUAAUUUUUUGUAGGUGUUUUUAUAACCUGUCACAGCCAUUCAUUUUUUAAUUUGUUUCAUCUCCAGGUUUUUUUACUUAUGCAUAUACACAAGGUUUCUUUCCUGUAGUUCAAAUCUGGAAACCUUGCAGUGCUGCACAUAAACAAUGAAUAUAAUUAAAAGGCAUCUUUUAUUCACAUACCAUUUACAUAUUGGGUGUAAUUUUUUCUGUAUAAACCACGUGUGCGUUAUCUUCAAGAAAGGAAAUAUUACAGUGGAUUAACCCCUCCCAUGCCACGUUAUUGCCCCGAAUUCUGACCAAAGAUGGCCAGAUUAUUUAAAAAAAAACCAGUUGUCAACAUGUUUUAAUUCCCCCAGAAAAGAUAAUGUUGCUUUUCCUUGCACCACCUCACGAAUUGUAUGUUGCCAUCUGACAAAAGCACGACUAAUCACUGAGACAAAACUAGGCUUGCUCAUGGCAUUGCUAAACAAUGCAAAGUACCACUGAGAAGUUGAGCUCGUCCUUGGCUGUUUUUACCAGAAAUACAUGGAUGAAGCCAGCUCGUUCAAGGCACGGAAGGAGUUAAUAUCAUAUGUUAGUCUACAUUUAUACUUAGUAGGACUGUUUCUGUUUUACUAGAAACAAUUUUCUAGCAGUGUGAUAGAAAGUUAUGUUCACAUGUCCUUUUAAUUUUAGACAAGACUGCUGUCAGCAGCUUUGCUCUUGCUUUGCAAAAAUCUUGGUCUUUGAGCUGCGACUGUUAUUUCAAACUGUAGCUGUAGCAUGCAGCAAGGUCUUGCUUUAUAUCUUGGAGAAUUUCAGAACUGUGUAUAUGUUUGUUAGUAGAUGGCACGUACCCCCAUAGCCUCUGUCCCACUCCCACAUACCUGCCAAGCACUGGAAUGCUGCCACUGCAGCUAACCACAGCUGCACAAAAUGAGCUGUUCUACCAUUAUGUAGAAACACUGGCUCUGUAUAGUGAAGAUAAUUUAUAACAUUGCAAUGUAUCUGUUCUUAAGGUAUUAAUUGUUCAAUGUAGCUAAUAAGUACAUCUAGGCACAUAGGCAUUUGCACAUUUGUUCACACAGAAGAAAUGUAGAUUACAGCAUUCAGCUUAGCUCAAAUCCACUCUCCCAAUUAGAAAAUAGUUCUGAAUAUGAAGCUAGAGGUUGUUCUAAGUUGGCACCACAACUGUGAAUGUACCGGCAUAGAAUCUUUUAAUUUUAAUGGUUUAUUCAUGCUAUUUGAAAUAUUGUGUAUAUUUCAAUUCCUGUAUAUAUAUAUAUAUAUAUAUAUGACUAUACAGAUCUCACUGAAUGGUGAUAUUAACAUAGUAUUUUUUUUUAUCUCAGUAACUAAUAUAUGAGGUCUUCCUAUGUAGUGUGAUUGAUCACAGUAGAGCUUCAUUAUACAGUUUAAAGAGCGCAAUAUAGUAGCUGUUUAUGCCCAUGGUUCAUAGCCUCCAGUGCCAAAAGUAAUAAAUACCACCAGUUUUUUACACAUCUUAAGAAAUCACCUUCGGCAGAUAACACAGUUCUGAAUAUAUUACACAGCUGCAUUACUUGAAGGGGCAGAAAUUAGUUGUACCACAAUUCACUAGGGGUGUUUGAAUAGCAAAAAUUUCAAAUCAAAUCGAGUACAAAUAUUUGAGAAAAAUGAUCUUGAAAUAUCAAAUAUUCCAAAUUUCUAAAAAAAUAAGUGGAAUGAAAAGUCCCAUGGAGUCUAUUUGGCAACAAAAGGCUUGCUUACAUUAUUUGAUGUUUAAUGUCAUUAACAACAGGAUGUCAGGUCACCUGUAAAGCUUGUAAAUGGGAAAAAAAGGAAAGUAUGAUUGUAUCUGGGGCACGAUGACAAUGACAGUAAUAAAAAAAAGAAAGGAAGCAGCUGUACAUCACAGAUGCAUGCAGUAGAGUGUAGUGCUCAUUAAAGUACAAUAGUACUGCACUGCGUAUUGUUUUGAAGGAAUCCAAGCAUGGCGAAAUUGGCCAAAUAUUAAAUAGCUUUGUCUAAGUAGAGACAGCAAAAUCGUAGACUGCUUAAGGCGAGACAUGCUUACUUAAUGGCUGGUAACUGUUGUGCAUAAGUGACCUCCUCCAUGUUCAGGAACUGGAUCAUCUGCAAAAGAACCGUGGCUCUCACGGACCAGAAUCAUUCAGACAAGUCUCCAUUUCUAUCAGUCUUUCUGCCUGUAGACUGCAAAAACUGUUGUUGUCCCUUAAAGUAUUUAAAUGAAAUGAAUAUUCGGCAAAUUCGAAUGGUGAUUUCUUGAAUACAAAUCGAAUUGAAUACAAAUCUAAAUAUGAAUUGAACUGCAAAGAUUUGAUUGAUAUUUGAUUUAUAUUUAGAAUUUUGAAUAUUUGCACGCCCCUUGAAUUGACAAUCUGCAAUAAGCUAAUCAACAAAUUCUACUAAUCAACUUAUGUUUAAUUACAUUAAUGCACAUAUUACAUUUGCAGGAUUUGAGCCAACCAGUGCUCAAAGCUUGUCUGUUUUAUGUGAAUUUCGAGACUAGCGAGAGUGUUGAGGUGUGAAUUCCCAAUACUGCAGCGAAAUGUGCCAGCGUUUCAGUUAUUUGCUUACAAGGCCUUUGUUAUGCAUUGCGAGACAAAGUUGCACGACACACCAAUAUAUUUUGUUACAUAUUGAGGGUUUAUAUCUCAAACGUGGUACUGUCCUGAUGAUUCCUACUGAAUGGUCAUGCCAUGAUAAUUGACUGGUCUCAGUUGCACAACUGUAAUGUGUGCCCUAAGCUCACUGAUCAAAAAUGUAAUUAGAGCAGUUGUGUAAGUAAGCCGUUAACUGCACAUUGUUAUUUGCUAUGCUAUUAACAUCCACCUUUUUGAAUAACCGAUCUGAAAAGCAAGAUUCGUGUUAUUUGUCAGGGCCGAUUCUUCAAAAAUGCUGGCAGAUGAAAAAAAAAGUGGUAGGUGUGUUCUGUUUACCGUAAGCAACCAGUUAGCAUCGCUAAUUGUUUUCGAAUGCAUCGGUACCGCAUUUGUGCUAAUGGUUUAGUACAAUUUUCUUGAGAUGAGUGUGCCAAAAUACUGAGGCAUGAUGCAACAUUACAGCUACUACGGCUACCUUAACUUAGUCCAAGUGGACGUGCAGGCAUAGAUGAUGGGCUUUAAUUAUGAUCAAGCAUAAUGUAUAAACAAAAGUAUUCAAUAGUUACAAGUGUUAUGUUGCAUGUGUACAAGUUCUUGCAUCUCUACAAUGUGCUCAUAAGUCUCAUAAGGAGUGGUAGUGCUCCAAUUGCAGCGGUGGUCUCACGGAAGCAAUGAACGAUUGCUCUUGUGCAGACGCUCAAAUGCACAUGUUCUUUUUACAAACGGUACUGUUGCGACUAACAUAAAGUUUCACUGGGUCAACAGGAUCACAUUUAAGUGUUAAAAAAGUGUUCCUCCUAGGGCACACACACGUCAUGGCAGCAUUUCUCAGGCUGGUACAUGUCCUCCAAGGGAAGUUUUUGAACACCGCAAUAGUGCUCCCGUUUGCCUAGUGGAAUUGUUAGUUCUUUCUCUUUUUUUAAUUCCCUACUACAGAGAAAUCACGUGCUCUCAAAAUGUGUUUUUUUAACCACAGGUGACAACUAUAUCAUCCUGUACUACUAUAUUCUUUUUGUUGAACCACAGGAGACUACAUCAUCCUGAACACUAAUUGGAAGCUGCUGUUCAUCCGCUGUUUUGUUUUUAUAUUUAUGAAUUAUGCAAAUUGUUUGUUAGAAUUGUUGAUUACCUUUAAUUCCUGUAGAUACACUAGUCACAUUUGUUUUCACCAUGUAGAUUACCUCAUGUAUAACUAAUUCUAGCUGUGUAGUUGUAUUUUUUUCUAUCUACUUCCCCAAAAUUAUGCAUUAUGCCUGUACCUGCAGAACACAGAGUUUGCAUGAGUUUCAUUGUAUGAGGUAUAAUUUUGUAUUUGUACACACACGAAUCACUGCAAUCUUUAGAAGGGUGUUAUAACCUACGCAACCAUGUAAAAUUUUAAAAUAUCCCACCUUCAUAUUUUUGUCAUAUAUCCUACAUUUCAAUCAUCUGAAAAAACAUGCUCAAGUCACUGCAAUCAUUGCCAUAGCUUUCCUAUUACUGGAAACUAUAUACCAAUACUUCUUUUUUUUUAUGUUUAGCUUCAGUGUAAUAGUCAAGCUUGAAGCAUAUUAUAAGAGCACUGCAGAGAAGCUUAGAGUACCUAGCUUAAUAGAGGAAACUGUGAGAGUGGAAACUGUGAGAGUUUUACGAUUACAAUACUAAACAGUAGCAUAACCCUGUGCCAAAAGAAACCAAUGCCUUCCAUUUCAAGAUUGCACUUGUUGUUAUCCUGUUGAAACCUUACAAGUCCAGACUGGUUUCGUAUGACACUAGCAGAGACUGAAUUUUUAUUUGAAUGUCUAUUUUUUCAUUGUGCCAGAACUUCUAAGCAUAAUUAAUCUUGUGUAAGUGAAUUUUAGCACAUGGGAUUGAAGAUAGAUUUAGAAGAGCCUACCCCACAACCGAACAGCACUAAGGCCAAGAAAGAAGAAAUGAAAUACAAAUGCAUACUUAAAGCUAAAAUUGUUGGUCCACUACAUAAAACACAUUUACUCAUUUAUAAAACUACCAUAUUAUCUUCAACAACAUAUUCAAAUGCCAUAUUUUUGCACAUAUUAGCCAUGCCAGAAACACAAUUUCAGUGGUAAUUACAGGAUAUAUGCGGAUUUUCAGCUUGAUGUGGCUUCAUGGCAAUGUAUGCCACUGUCAGUGGGCCCAUAGUCAAAUGCCAUAGCAGAUGUUUCAGCAGCAACUGUCUCUAAUGAAUAAAAAUAGUGAAUUCGAGACUGAGUGGUAAUGAUCACUGGUCAUUAUUCAUAGCACUGGCAGUUAUCAGAAAUUAUGCAAUAACGACCUGUAAGCUCUUGAAUUAACUAAAGCUUGCUUUUACUUUUACUAACUUUGCCAUAUAUGUUGCACUUACGAAAUUGCAGCCAUUUAGUGCACAAGGCGUUGCACUGAUUUCUAGAUGUUGCCCUCCAAAACCAACCUUGAAAUUGAUAGGUUUUCAACAUAGCUUGGUGUCGCAGUGCUUAUGAAAGGCUUUGUAGGAAAGUAUGUAAACUGCCAGCACAUUUCACUGUUUGUAGAUGAAAAUCUUUACACUCGUGCUGGUCUUUGCAUUCCUACUAGGUGGCACUGAACAGCUUCAAUUUUACAGUUGUAAUAUGUGUGCUAAAGUUAGUAAUGAACAGAUAGUGGAAUUUAACAAAAGAGCUUGCUGGCAAUUAGUGCACACUUUAUAAUGUCCAUCACUGCUGGGAAUUCUGGGAAUUUUGUGUUCAAUCCUCUAUUUUUUAAAAGGAGUACUGACACAAUAUUUUCAACUUCUUUUGUUGAAUGAAGGUCUUUGACCUCUAAACUAAACUGAAAAGUGGCAAGCCUCAGAGCAACCUAAAUAAUUCACUAUAAUAGUUUUCUAAAACCACUUUCAGUUUCUUUUCCCAGGAGGCGACUGUAUCAUGAUGUCAUGACACAGAAUGUGGUCACAUGGAAGGGUGACAUCACAACAUUUUGGCACCGGCUCACUCAGCAGCCUGUUAUGCUGCUACUCAAUGCACAGCCCAAGGUAUCAGGUGUAUAUGCAUCAUGAUGCAUACACCCCCUAUGAAAGGAAACUGAAACUUGUUCAUACAAAGCUAUUAUACCAGGUGUUUAUGCAAAGACUUUAAGCAAUUUUUAAAAAAUUGCCUGUGGCAAACAGCACAACUCUAGUUCUUGAGCUGGUCUACUAGAAAAUGCAGACAUUACUUGCCUAAGAAGUCAAAAUAGAUAAUGGACUAAUUAACAAAAUUUGACUAAGUUUUUAGCUAAUUACCGGUACAUAUCAAGGCACAUCUUGCAUUUGACAAAUUGUAGCCAGGGGGGUUCACAAGGCAGAGCCACUUGGAAUGAAUUCUCAGGAUUACACUAGUUUCGAGACACUAAUUCCUGAACUUUGCAAAGAAAUAAAUUGGCAGUCCUGUUACUUUUCUGCUUCAAUGCAUGAAAUAGUGUUCUGGUAAAAUGGUAGGUGGAACAACAGUGUAUUCUUGCUGCAAAUUUGAUGGCACAUAUCUCGAAAAUGGUGUCAUCCACAAAAUUCUUUUUAAAUGGAUAUGCCUAGCAGUCGCACCGGCUACAAUCUGUAAAUUGCAAUAUGUGCCGUACGGUAAUUUGUUAAAAGCUUUAUUUGUGAAUUUUGUUAGUCGAUUACACAUUUCAAUUUCUCGUGCAAGUAAUGUACACCUCUUCGAGUAAACCAGCUCAAGGACUAGAACUGUGCUAUCUGCAACAGGCGAUAUUUAACAAUUGCAUAAUGUAUUCCCAGGAACACCUGGCACAGUAAGUUAUUUAGGGUUCAGGCUUUCCUGUACUUCUUCUGCAGGUUCAAGGCCCAGGACCUUCACUUAACACAAAAAAAAAAAUGUAAAUGUAAAGUCUAAAAUGUGAUGUCAGUACUAAUUUAAUAACUGAAAACAUUCAUCGCUGAAAACUCGCUAUGUAAGCACUGCUGUGUUGAUGGGUUAGUGAAGAUCAAAAGUCGAGCAAAUUCCUCAGAGGCAUGUAACUUCAGCACUGCCUCGAUGAAAAAUGUUCCUGGAUGGUUAUCUCAAUUCUUUGUGACAUUAAGAAUGAGGGGAUUUAUUAUUUUUUUUUAAAUAGGCACAGAUGCAAAACAGGGACGUGAGAAACAUUAAAAGUACAAUGCACCAAUGUGUCCAUUUUUUGUAGGCCUGCCUUUCUGAACCACGAAUCCCUACUAACUUGCUCGGCUUUCUGUUGUUCUAAGUGGGGGAAUCACUUUUACAUGGCUUUGAAGAAGAGAAUAUUUAUUUAGCAUAAUUAUUGUUUUUGAUUUUCCAUAGUGUCCAUCUGACAUGACAAUUAAAUGUGUGAAAAAUAUUGUAUCAGUGGUUGAAGGCUGCUACAAAAUCUUAUUUUGCCUCUUUUUGUUGUUAAAUGCAAAUAAAACAGAGGAUACAACACUGUAUAGCGAUUGCUGCACUUAGAUUAUUGAACACUUUUAUAAAUUUAUAAUUAGCAAUGACAGACUAUUGCAUCAUCCCUUUCUUAAUGCCUAUCUUCUUGCUCUUGGUUUUAUAAUAUAACAGCUGGUUAUGGCUUUAAAUAAGCUAAGGGGCGUUCAGGUCUAACGAUACUGCAAAACGCUAAAGUGCUCUUGUCAUAUUUAACUUGCAGGUAACAUCUUUCCAUUCUGGAUUGUGUCGUUUGCAUCUCGGUAAAACGAGAGCUCUAGCCUGGCUGACAUGCCAAAUAAUUGCGAUUGUUGCCUGAAUGUCUUUUAUUAAAAACAUAAGUUUAAUCUGUUUAUAUACUAAGUAAACAGUAACUAGUCAGUACUGCUCUAAUAAUUUUACUUUUCUGCUUUCACAUUAAGUUUAUUAUAGGUUUGACAAAUCUGUUAAGUAAUCACUACCAGUUCACACAUGGUUUUCAUAAAUCAGUGUGAGCACACUAAACAUCUGGUCUCUGACCACAAAGCUAGUAGUUGAUUGCAGUAAAUUAGAACUGGGAGCUACAGUAGCUAAUGAGAUAUGGUUACAACUGCUAAGGAUUUUUCAAGUGAUUGAACCACACAAAAACAGACUGGCACUGUGAUGCAGCCCAAUGUGCAGAGCUCAUUUAAAGGCUGUCCUAUUUGGAAAACUGCAGGAAUUGGACGAUACGGACAUAAGAGUAGCCCUAGCUGCUUUGCAUAGUUUUCUUUGCCUUUACUAGCUGGCAGCGUUUCUUGAACUUCAUAUUUUUCUAUAGCAUGUACUAUUAGCAUAUUAAUAAGUUUGAACUCUUCCAAAAUGUUCCAAAUGGCCAAUCACACUUUUUUACAAGCUGUUGAAAACAUAAGUUACUAUAGAUGUUUGACUCCUGCUACUGCAGCAGCUAAAUCCCUAGUCUGUACAAGAAUUCUCAGAAUUAUCUCUGCAUUUACAGUAGUACAAUGGCUUGCAGGCCUUUUUCAUUGAAACAUGUUUACAGAUCAUACAAACCAUGUUUGCCAAAACUAUUUUGUCUUGCAGCUUACUACCUGUAAGCAAUGUAUGACAAAUGUGUUGCCAAUGAUGCAUUGAACAGCAGGUUUACCAACACACAAUGUCAGCUUGGUUGACCUAACUUAAUUUUGCCUAUUGGAUAGAAAAUGUUUACAUUUUGUACAGGGAUUUGGAGUUUUCACACCCAAGUAACCACAGGUAUCCACGGCAUAUUCUAUAAAGUCCAAACAUCCAGUGUCAAGACAGAAUGCAUGGGGCUAUCCAUCAGUGAACAUUUGCAUUGAACUUCAACUGAAUAUGUGAAUGGCAUCGAUAAAUGUCUUUUAAAAUAUUUAGACAGAUUUGUGAAUGCUCCGAGCAGACCUCGAGCGUCAUGGCAGCUUCACUCUGCCCUUCCUAAACACUUAUCCUGUGCAUUUUGCGAGACGUACAGGACAUAGGCUAGGCUCAGGAAAAGUGCGAACCGUGCUUGUCUGGAGGAUCUUCUUUUGUACCCGGAAAAGAAAAUUCUCACUAAGGAUACAUCGCAUCAAGUACAAACUGUGGAAUGGAAACUUCGUCACAUUAAAUCGUAACUAUAUAUACUUCUCUGGGCAUAUAAAGGCAGUCUUAUACCUCAUCUUAAAACACAUAAGAGUGGACACCGUGACCAAAUCCUUGUAUCAAAAAUAUAAUGGCUUUGACAUCCUUUUCUUAAAAAUAUAAUGCCUCACUUAAUGCAUGACACACGUAGUGGACACAUAGUGGAGCACAAGUGCAUACAAUUGCGCUCAACAUCUAUAGUUUAUACAUGGCACUGGAACAGCACACAUAACAGGACAAGAAAGUGAGAGUUUGUCUCAGUUUCUUGUCAUGUUGUGCACUGUUUUUAACUGUGUAAAAUUAAUUGUUCCGGAGGACACAUUACUCACUAUAUGAUAAGGGUGUGCAAGUACUGGUUUUGAAACACGACUGGUUAUGGAUCACAUAGUCACAGUACCAAAUCGAACAGCACGUUUCCACUCGACACUUUUCCAAUUGACAUUUCAACAUCAUUGUACCAGAAUUUCCCAUGGUCUUGCCAGGCAUUCAUAAAUCUGCUAUAUAUCCUAAAGGAAUGUGUAUUGUACAUCCCGUGGUUAUCCGAGGUUACUUGGGAAAGUGCUGCAAACUUUCCCUAAUAUGUCGGUAACUUGCAAAGACUUUUUCUCCAAUGAUGAAGGAUAUGUCACACUUUUGUUUUCCAGCAACAAAUGUUCCUAUGUUGCUCUAAUUCCAGAGCAGAUCCUUUUAAUAUACCUGAUUUUUACCUCAACCCCAAUGUACAACUUUACAAUAUGUAACUUUUGCCUAUAUUGUUAAUAAAUGGUGCUUACCCUGUUG